UUGAUUUCAGUUGUUUCAACCUGCCGCACAAAUGUUAACGUGGCGCUGGUUUUCACUGAAUACUUCAAAGACGUUGAAGAGGAGUCAGUGCGGGAUAACUUUGUUGUUAUUUAUGAACUUCUUGACGAAAUGAUGGACUUUGGAUUUCCACAAACCACUGAAAGCAGAAUCCUGCAAGAAUUCAUAACCCAAGAAGGUCACAAGCUCGAAGCUGCGCCGCGACCUCCAAUGGCCGUUACUAAUGCUGUUUCGUGGAGGUCGGAGGGCAUCAAAUAUCGAAAGAAUGAAGUUUUCCUGGAUGUGAUCGAAAGCGUCAACAUGCUCGCUAACGCCAAUGGAACAGUUUUGCAAAGCGAGAUAGUUGGUUGUGUCAAAAUGCGAGUAUAUUUGACGGGUAUGCCUGAACUACGACUUGGUCUCAAUGACAAAGUGCUGUUCGAGGGGAGUGGACGCGGCAAAAGUAAGUCAGUGGAAUUGGAGGACGUCAAAUUCCAUCAAUGUGUUCGUCUUUCGCGAUUCGACAAUGAUAGAACAAUCUCGUUUAUUCCACCCGAUGGAGCCUUUGAACUUAUGAGUUAUCGUCUCACAACGGUUGUGAAACCUCUCAUUUGGAUUGAGAGCAACAUCGAAAGGCACUCACAUUCGCGUGUUGAAUUCAUGAUUAAGGCCAAGUCACAGUUCAAGCGUCGUUCUACAGCAAACAAUGUGGAAAUCAUCAUUCCUGUACCAUCAGAUGCCGAUUCGCCGAAGUUCAAGACAAGUAUCGGAGCAGUACGUUAUGCGCCAGAGCAAAGCGCAUUUGUUUGGACAAUCAAGAGUUUUCCGGGUGGCAAAGAGUAUUUGUUGAGUGCUCAUUUCAACUUGCCAUCAGUCGUGGGAGAGGAAGUGGAAGGCAAGCCACCAAUCAAAGUGAAAGUACGUUACUUGAAAAUCAUAGAGAAGAGUGGUUAUCAAGCUUUACCAUGGGUUCGAUAUAUAACACAAAAUGGCGAGUAUCAAAUGAGAAUGAAGUAA